UCGGGCCGCUGCGCCUUCACGCGCAGCCUUUUUGUUUACUCCGCCAGCAGGGGAGACAGGGAGGGAGCGUGUAAAGAUGCUCCGGGCCUGGGGGCUAUAUAAAGCUUUGGGUUCGGACCAGGUGGGUGCCAGGGGCCAGCCUGUCCAUGGAGGUCUCGAAACGUACGGAGAGCCGAAGCAGCCAGUGCGCGCACCUCUGUCGCCCGCCGCCAGCUCCGGAUCUUCAGAUGCAGCACAGGGGCGCGGACUCCGGGUACAGCGCCUUGGCCCCGCCUCGCGCUUACCCUGCUCCAUCCCUCCCGCCUGCGCCUUCCCGGCUCCUCCCCUCGGCUCUCCCAGCCCCACACCCUCCCCGCCCUGGCUCAGCUGCGGUCAGGUCUCCUGGACCUAGGUUCGCAUCUUUUCUGCGCGCCUUGUGCUCCCCACCUCGCAGAUCCGCAGUCUUCUGGAGACCGUGGACUGAAGACGGAGGAGAGAAGGAGCAGGAGGCACCGCACCACGCCGUGGAGGCGAUGCCAGAUGGCCUCGGAAUAACGGACGCCUCAGGAAAGCUUUCCCAAUACAGACACCCAGUCAGAAUCAAGAAUGGUGUUCGCAAUUGCGGUUUACAACAAACCGAACAAAUCAGCAAAUGGAACUUGAGACGGAAGAAAUAAUGGAAACGUAAUGAAAAUCCCAAAGAUUACAGGACCGUAAAAGCGAUUGAAAGUUAUUUGACCUAACAGUUAAGAGCUAGUUUGCUGUUCUUAGCCACAGGAAGUCAGUCUUCCUGCAAGAUGAUAGUAGCUUUUAAUCAGGUGAAAGCUUGCUUUCAUUGCCUGCUUUAGAGAGCUGUUAAAUGAAGAGCUGUGUGAAGUUUGUAGAAUGUGCAUGUGUUUAUAAUAGCACGUAGUAGUCAGUAAGUGUUAGUCUGUCCGUUGUGUCCGACUGUUUGCAAUCCCAUAGACUGUAGCCUGCCAGACUCUUCAGUCAACGGAAUUCUCCAGGCAAGAAU